AUGGUUAUAUUUAAUUCGGCCAGUACAGACAGCGACUACGUGUCAACUGAUUUACUCCCGAGAGACCAGCAUGCUGUGAUCGUAACCUACUGGGUGCUGAUGACGCUUGGUGCGCUUGGUAACUUGGCAGUGUUGAUCAGCUUGGCGAAGACCAGACGGAGGAAGUCCAGGGUCGACCUUCUCAUGACGCAUCUUGCUAUCGCAGACGUGUCAGUCACCUGUGGUGUUAUACCAUUGGAGAUCGGCUGGAAAUACACGAACGAGUGGUUAGCGGGCAACGUGUUGUGUAAGGCGCUACUCGUUAUGCGAGCUUUCGGCCUCUACCUCUCCUCUAACGUGCUCGUUUGUAUAUCUCUUGACAGAUUUUUUGCCGUACUGUAUCCAUUGAAGUUGCGUGUAGCUCACAAACGAAGUCAGCACAUGCUGUACUGGGCGUGGGCUAUGGCGCUCGCUUGCAGCUUGCCACAGAGCGUAGUGUUCCGGGUACUCCAGCAUCCUCAAGUGCCGGGUUUCGAGCAGUGCGUUUCUUUCGAUGCCUUCGAGAGCGUCGGUCAGGAGAUAGCGUACAACGUGAGCUGUCUCUGCGCGAUGUACUUCGUUCCACUCCUCGUCAUUUCCGUCUGCUACAUCUGUAUCUUCUGCAGGAUACGACGCUGCAGCAACGAACUUAAUGAGACCUGCGUGCACAAAAGCGAAUGCGUUCCGGGCAUGCGCCUGCGCCGCUCAGACCACCGGCUACUAGAACGUGCGAGGCGGCGCACUCUACGCAUGACGGUCAUCAUUGUAACCGUGUUCGCACUCUGCUGGCUCCCCUACGCUGUCAUGGCCAUGUGGUACAUGAUAGACAGGCAGUCUGCGUCUCGCGUGUCUCCACAGCUGCAGGACCUGUUGUUCGCAAUGGCCGUCUCCAACUCAUGCAUGAACCCACUGGUGUACGGUUCCUACGCGCUGCGCACCAAUGAUACCUUCCAGCAUCUCCUUAGAAAGACCUGGUGCUGGUCUUCCAGCUCUAUCAACAAUACAGGUAAUACCGGACUGACUUCGCACAGAAAUAAAAUACGAAAUUUCGAAGAUUCGGCGGAGAAAUUAAAUAAGAACGGUAAUCCCCGUGUGAAGUUGGGCGUGCGCUUCGCAGAGACGUCUCUGAUAGAGCCGCAGCAGACGGUCGAAGCGCGGGUGCGGCGCGGGCCAGCAUGA